AUGAAAAUUCUCACGAUCUUCCUACUUGUUUUUAGUCUUUGUAUGUUUGGCCAUGUAUCUAGCGCUGGAAUUAGGAUCGUGAACGAACUCAAAAAUAAGAAAUCCUUUUGGAUGAGAUGUUAUUCUAAAAAUGACGUACUAGGUCCAAUAAUAAUACUAAAUGGAGGGCAUUUUACAGACUAUUUCUUUCAUAAUUUAUUCGGUACGAUGCAUUUUAUGUGUAUUUUAAAACAAGGACCUGAAUUUAAACACAAUCAGAGCUUUAGAGCAUUUAAAAAGUCUAGAUUAUGGGAAUGGAGAGCAAUACAAGAUGGAAUCUAUUUAAGAAGGAUAUAUAAGGCGAGAUUUGAUGUCUCUAUAGAGAAUAUCCAUAAAGAGCAUGAUUGGAUACUUUAA